AUGUCACGAAUGACUGAUGUCAAAGGGCGUCGUAAAGAGAGGUCUGCUGUAACGUUUGAAACGGACGAAAGACUAAUUAUAACAGCAGCUGCAUUAACCGUCAACGCUAUGAAGCGAGCUGGUAGAACAUUGGCCACGUUGGCAGCCACGCCACAGACGUUGGUCGAAAAGAUUGUGCAGCAGUAUGCAGUCGGGAUGCAGAAAAAUCAACGAGUAAAAGCAGGAGAUUUCGUGAGCAUACAGCCUGAACAUGUGAUGACACAUGACAAUACUGGUGCUGUCAUAUCAAAAUUCAAGAGUAUUGGAGCUACCAAGUUCAAGAACCCAAAACAGCCUGUAUUUACGCUAGAUCAUGAUGUCCAAAAUACUACUGAAAAGAAUCUGCAAAAGUACAAAAACAUUGAAAACUUUGCAAAGGAGCACGGAGUCGACUUUUACCCUGCUGGUCGAGGUAUUGGACAUCAAAUAGUCAUAGAAGAGGGUUAUGCCUUCCCUGGAACAUUGACUGUAGCUUCGGAUUCCCAUUCAAACAUGUAUGGAGGUAUUGGAGCUCUAGGAACUCCCAUAGUCCGUACCGAUGCAGCUGCAAUUUGGGCAACGGGACGUACAUGGUGGCAAAUUCCAGCUGUAGCCCGCGUAGAGUUGCGAGGCAAACUACCGCCUGGUGCUACGGGCAAGGACGUCAUCACAACAUUAUGUGGACUGUUUAAUCAGGAUGAAGUACUAAAUCAUGCUGUAGAGUUUGUUGGUGAUGUGGAACAUUUGUCUGUCGAUGACCGACUGACCAUAGCCAACAUGACCACUGAAUGGGGUGCUCUUGCCGGUGUCUUCCCAAUAGAUCAGGUAGUCACUGACUGGCUCGUAGAACGCUCUAAGAACAUGUAUUCAACACAUCCACGACUCAAUCUACCACGUAUCGAAGCCAUGAUUGAACACCACUUAAUUGCCGAUUCAGACGCACAUUAUGCCAAACAUCUCACUCUAGAUUUAUCCACUGUAUCGCCAUAUGUAUCGGGCCCUAACUCUGUCAAGGUAGCUCAACCAUUAGCGGACCUAGAACCUCAAAAUAUCAAAAUUCAAAAAGCAUAUUUGGUAUCGUGUACGAAUGCAAGAGCAUCUGAUUUGAAGGCUGCUGCUGAUGUAUUUAGAGGUCGUAAAGUUGCUGAUGGUGUGGAAUUCUACUUUGCUGCUGCUAGUACUGAAGUGCAACGAGACGCUGAUCGGGCUGGUGAUUGGAAGGUCUUGUUAGAAGCUGGUGGUCGUCCAUUACCAGCCGGCUGUGGACCAUGUAUAGGCAAGUUGUCAUCAAGUGGAUUGGGUGUAGGAUUGUUACAAGACAAUGAAGUAGGCAUAUCAGCCACCAACAGAAACUUCAAAGGUCGUAUGGGCUCUCCCAAAGCACUCGCAUAUCUCUCUUCUCCAGGCAAGUCAAUCAACUCCAAUAAACAGUUCCACGUGCUUAUCCAACACCUUAUAUCACAUAUAGCCGUCGUCGCUGCAUCAGCAGUAGCAGGAAAGAUCUGCUCCCCAGCAUCUCUACCACCUCUCUCAUCAACAUCUCGCGUAUCUUCAUCACAUGCCUUUUCACCCGCACAACGCCCAGUGGGUACAAACGAGACAGUAGCUGCUCCUGUAUCAUUAAAUUCGGCUAUACCAUCGUCGUCAGCAUCCACAGUACCUGGAUUUGAAGGACAAUUCACUGGCGAAUUGGUCUUUGCAGAUGCCGAUAAUCUAAACACGGAUGGUAUCUAUCCUGGUAAAUACACGUAUCAAGAUGAUAUACCCAAGGAUCAGAUGGCUCGUGUAGCUAUGGAGAAUUAUGAUCCGGCGUUUGCUGGGCAAGUCAAACAGGGAGACAUCCUGAUAUCAGGCUCCAACUUUGGAAGUGGUUCAUCCCGAGAACAGGCCGCAACAUGCUUGAAAUAUGCAGGCAUCAAACUCGUACUAGCAUCAUCAUUCUCCGAAACAUACAAGAGAAACGCAUUGAACAAUGCCUUGUUGGUAUUAGAAGCACCUGAAUUGGUUGCUAGACUGAAGAAGGAAUUCUCGCAAAAAGUGUUGACGAGGAGAACAGGCUGGCAGGCUACGGUUGAUUUGGUGGCAGGUACAUUGAAAAUCAAGAAUGUAGGAGACUUUAGUAUUCCAGCUGUGGGUCUCGCUGCUCAGGAACUUGUCGCUGAAGAUGGGCUUGAACAAUGGGUCAAGAACCGUCUAUAG